AUGGUCGCCGGCGCCGAUAGCCCGUCACCCGACCCCCCCGGCCCGUCCGGGCUCCUGCAAGCCUUUGUCAAGUUUACCCGUCCCCACACGAUCCGCGGCACGAUCUUGGGGUCCUUCGCCGGCUGCGCGCGCGCCCUGCUCGACUCGACCAAGCUCAUCAACUGGGCCUUGUUACCGACGGCCGUGUUAGGCAUGCUGGCCCUGUUGCUGGGAAACGCGUUCAUCGUUGGCAUUAACCAGAUCUAUGACGUCCGCGUCGACAAGAUUAACAAGCCGUUCUUGCCACUCGCGGCGGGCGAGAUGAGCAUUCGUUUGGCUUGGGCGAUUGUCUUGUCUAGCGCGUUUACGGGGCUCGCCAUUGUUCGCUUGUGCUUCUCCCGCCUGAUUUUCGGCUUGUAUGCGUUUGGGAUGUCAUUUGGAGCCUUGUAUUCCGUACCACCCUUUCGUUUUAAGCGCUACCCUGCGCUGGCGGCUAUCACCAUUUCGUGCGUGAGAGGGUUUCUAAUGAAUUUUGGCGUUUAUCAUGCCACCAAGUCGGCUCUGGGUAUUCCUUUCACGUGGUCACCCCCAAUUACAUUCCUGGCCGUCUUCAUGACUAUAUUCGCAUGCGUUAUCGCACUGUCCAAGGAUUUGCCAGACAUGAAGGGGGACCUAGCUGAGGGAGUCCCAACUUUUGCUACGAGAGUGGGUCCUAGGAAAAUUGUCAACAUCGUCGUUGCAUUGCUAGGGAUUAAUUAUUUAGGAGCUAUUGCCACAGCCGUGUUUUCUCCUGCCGGUGCAUUUCGUCGAGUAGUCAUGGGUCUGGGACAUCUUGUAUUGGGCGGAAGGCUGUUUUUGUAUCAAAGAAACAUUGACCCAAAUAGUCAAACCUCAAUCAAGGACUUUUACCGUUUCAUCUGGCAACUUUUCUACUCAGAAUAUUUAUUGUUUCCUUUCAUUUAGUGUGAGGAUCCCAGCCAGGUUGACAGGUUGUACAUAAAGGCAAAGGGUGUCUUCUCUAGUUCGGCUGAUAGGAUAAAUGGUACGGGUGGCUGAAGCAUUGCCAGAUCAAGCCACCACGA